CCGGGAGGCGGCGCGGCUGGAGGUGACCUGCUGCUGAAUCAGAGGGGCUGGUAACCUUAGCCCGCCGGGAACGGAUACACCGCGGUGCCCGCGCCUGGAUCGGGUUCCUGCCCAAGUUUUCCACCUGCAGCUCCGCGGCGGGACGGGUGAGAGCCACGCAGGACGGUGCCGUGGCCACGCACCCCAAGGAGUCAGCCAGUGGCUGCCGCGGUGCCCCCUUGCCCGGGGUCUCGGUGAAAGCCCUGCUGCAGGUGACGGGCACCCUGGUGCCCGUCGCAAUCUGGCUGGAUUUGGUAAUCCUACCCGUGGCUAAUUAAACGGGCCGUGGCCCCUGGCCCACCCCCGGCACCCCCCUGACGUGCCGUGCUGUGCCAAGCCACCCCGCGGGGCCAGUGCAGCUGCAGCACCGGGGCAGUGCACACGUCCCCGCGGGCGCAGCCGGCCCCGCCGCGACGUCCGGGCUCAGCAGGGCCGGGGAGCCCCCGCCAGCCCCCCGGGGGCCACCCCACGCCGGCGGAAGAUGCCAACAAAUGGGAUCCACCAGGUCCUGAAGAUCCAGUUUGGGUUGAUCAACUGUGAGAGCCGGUACCUAACGGCGGAGAGCUUUGGCUACAAGGUGAACGCCUCGGCACCCAGCCUGAAGCGCAAGCAGAUCUGGACGCUGGAGCAGGAUGAAGCCAACAGCUCCGUUGUCUUUCUCAAGAGCCACCUUGGCCGGUACCUGGGUGCUGACAAAGACGGGAAGGUGCGGUGCGAGGCCGAGCAGCCAGGCCGAGACGAGCGCUUCAGCAUCAUCACCCAGUCAGAUGGGCGCUGGGCGCUGCAGUCGGCCCCGCACCGGCGUUUCUUCGGGGGCCGGGAGGAUCAGCUCUCCUGCUUCGCCCCCACCGUGACAGAGGGCGAGCUCUGGACCGUGCACUUGGCCAUGCACCCCCAGGCCAACCUGCUGAGCGUCAGCCGCCGCCGCUACGCCCACCUCAGCGCCCACGAGGAUGAAAUCGCCACUGACAGCAACCUGCCCUGGGGGGUGGACGCCCUCAUCACCCUCUGCUUCCAGGACAAGAAGUACAGCCUGCGCACCGCUGACGAGCGCUACCUGCGCUGCGAUGGCACGCUGGUGCCCGAGCCCGGCGCCCGUACCGGCUACACCCUCGAGUUCAAGGCGGGCAAGCUGGCUUUCAAGGACUGUGACGGGAAAUAUCUGGCACCUACGGGGCCCACUGGCACCCUCAAGUCCGGCCGCAGCUCCAAGCCGGGCAAAGAUGAACUCUUCGACCUGGAGGAGAGCCACCCCCAGGUGGUCUUCACGGCGGCCAACGGCAGAUACGUCUCCAUCCGGCAGGGCGUCAACGUCUCGGCGAACCAGGACGAGGAGUUGAACCAUGAGACCUUCCAGCUCCAGAUUGACCGCGACACCAACAAGUGCAGCCUGCACACCAACACCGGCAGCUACUGGACCCUCGUGGCCCACGGGGGCAUCCAGGCCCUGGCCACCGAAGUUGCUGCCAACACCAUGUUUGACAUAGAGUGGCGCGGGCGGCGGGUGGCCCUGCGCGCCAGCAAUGGCCGGUACAUCUGCACCAAGAAGAAUGGGCAGCUGGCGGCAGUCAGCGAUGCUGUGGGGGAGGAUGAGGAGUUCACCUUGAAGCUGAUCAACCGCCCGAUGCUGGUGCUACGGGGUGAGCACGGCUUUGUCUGCUACCACCGCGGCUCCAACCUGCUCGACUCCAACCGCUCUGUCUACGACGUCUUCCACAUGAGCUUCAGCGACGGCGCCUACCAGAUCCGAGGUCAGGGGGGCAAGUUCUGGUACGUGGCCAGCAGCGGCUCAGUGUGCAGUGAUGGGGACCUCUCCGAGGAUUUCUUCUUCGAGUUCCGGGAGCGGGGACGUGUUGCCAUCAAAGGGAAGAAUGGCCGGUACCUGCGUGGGGACCCGGCUGGCACCCUGCGCGCUGACAGCGAGUCCGUGCUGCGGGCAACGCUCUGGGAGUACUGACCUGCCUGGCCCCGGACCCUCCACUGCUGCAGCCCCCAGCCCACCUGGGGGCACUAGCUGUCCCCAGGCAAAGGAUGGCAGUGGAGCCGGCAGUGGCACCAUCCAUGGCAGCUGUGUCCCGACCCCCCCUGACGCACCACAAUAAAGUCAGUCUGGAUCACACCAGGGCAGCAC